AAGAGCCGACUGACAUUCAGUCAACUGCAGCCAGAGCUAAUCGAAAGAAAAAUGCAAUCCAUUCUCCGACUGCUGCUGCUGUUUGGAUUGAUCUAUACCGCGAUCGGUGCAUCGGGUAUAUUUCAGAAUAUAAAUCUGGGUGGCGAAGCAGGAAGAACACGAUCUUCAGGUGGCAACCUCGACUGGAGCGAUAGCGUUCACAGUUCUGAUGUCGAUAGGACCCUGAAGCUUCUGGAAUCAUUGGAUAACAAUGGCAAUGAUAGAAAUAAUUGGGGCAACGAUGCCGCGAGGAGUUCUGGAUUCGAUAUCGAUAGAUCCGGUGGUGACUCAAGUGAAGCCGCUCGUGGAUUCCAGUUUAUAAGCACAGGCUAAGCUUUACGAUGCUAAAAUACUCAAUCUAAACAUAGUAUAUGUUUCUUUCAUGUUUCUAAUCAAAUUUAGUGAAAGAUUAACAAAUAGGUAUAAUAAAGAGAUAUCGCUUUUAUUGCUUUAA